AUGAUUCCCUACCAGUUUAGCAUCAGCUCUGUGGUGUCCAGGCAGGAAGAAGAGACGAUGGAUGUCAGGACUGGCUCUGAGCAGGACAGAAACUGGAACUCUUCAGGGCACGGGCAAGGACUGAAAUCAGAGCCCUGUUUCCAGACUGACUCUCUCUUGCCUUCCCCCAGCAUGUCCCUGAUAUCCCAACUCCUCAGCCACCCCAUUGUUGGCAGGAGCCUGGAUCCAACCAUCCUUUUCCCUUCCUCUCAAGCAGUGGCUCUGCCUCAGGACUAUGAGCACAGUGCGUCUCCUGGGGAAGGAGUGCAAGCCCUGGCUUUCCCCAGGACCCGUGCCCCGGCUCCUGGGCCCCGUUCAGGCAACAGAACCCAGCUCUCCCAUCAGCACCUACAGGACCAGCUCUCUGACCAGCACCUACAAGCCAAGCGGGCGAGAGUGGAGAGCAUCAUCCAAGGUAUGAGCCUCCCACCAACCCCUCAGGCAUUUGGCACCGGCUUGGAGGCAGCUUUUGGGCACGAGAGGGAGAGCGGUGGUGAGAUGCCCUGUGAGGGCAAGAGGAAGCCAAAAGUACCCCAGCAGGGCUUGGGGUUGGCUGGGCGAGUGGCUGCCACUGGAAGCAGCCCCCAUGGCCAGGGCUGCCAGCAGCUGAAGGAGCAGCUGUGCCUUUUGGAGCAGCAGCUGAAGUGGCUUCAGGAGAAGUUCUCCCAGGUCUGUGACUCUGGGGAUGCUGCCCAGGCCCAGGAAGGUGCCAAGAAAGUGCAUCCACUGCCUGGAAAGCCUGGAGACAGAGGGGACAGGGGCAGCUCUGCUGCCACCAGUGACAUGCCCAAACUGCCUCUCUGGAGGAGCAUCUUGGAGAUGCACGGGCCAGAGAAGGAGGAGGAUGGAGGUGACCUAGGUGGCCUGCCCUCGGCAGCAAGGGUCCUCUCACAGGUGCUGAAGCAUGAGCUGGCUGGGGUGACGUCCCAGGCGGUGGACUCUGUCCUGAAGAGCCUCUGGCCGAAGGCAGCCAGCCACCUCCUGCAGCAGCAUCGCAGCCUCCCGGUGCCGGAGACAGAGGCCAGAAGAGAGUAUUUUGCUGCUGGGAAAUGCAGAAAGCCACCUGCUAAACCACCUUCCACAAACACACCAGGCUUGCUGGGCUCGCCCCACACUGAGGCACCAUCAGGAGCUUUGGGAAAGAGUCUGGGCUCUCCUGCUGGCUCCUUCAGUUCAAAGACAGCUAGAAAAUCCACUCAGGCAUCCAGUAUGGGUUAUUCUUUGGGCUCAGGUGCCCCUGCCCAGGAAAACCAGCUGCUGAGCCAGCUACUGGGCUACAGCCAGCAUGGUCUCUGGGACAGUGGCUCUUACAGGAGCCCCUCUGCUCUGGAAAGAGGUCCUGCAGAGCCUCUUGACUUGCCCUGGGGAACCAUCAAACUGAGGUCAUCAGUUGUGAGACAGCAGCAGCAGCAUCCCCUGCCCCUGAGCUCUAGUGACGUAGAGAGCCCAGGACUGCUGCCAGUGGGCAGGGAUGGCCACGGGGAGCUGCAGGCUGCAAUGGAUGAAGCACCGUUUGCCUCCACCUAUAUAUCCUUUGGGGCAACUGGAGAGAUGCAGGAGGCACUAACACCUGGACACCUGAAGAAGGCCAAGCUGAUGUUUUUCUUCACCCGCUACCCCAGCUCUACUCUGCUGAAGACCUACUUCCUUGAUGUGCAGUUCAGCCGCUGCAUCACCUCCCAGCUCAUCAAGUGGUUCAGCAACUUUCGUGAGUUCUACUACAUCCAGGUGGAGAAAUUUGCCCGGCAGGCCGUGCUGGAGGGUGUUGUGGACGCCAGCACCCUCCACGUCUCCCGGGACUCAGAGCUUUUCCGCGCCCUCAACAUGCACUAUAACAAGGGGAACGACUUUGAGGUGCCAGGCCGGUUCCUGGAGGUGGCCAGCCUGACGCUGCGGGAGUUCUUCAGCGCUGUCAGGGCCGGAAAGGACACCGACCCCUCUUGGAAGAAACCCAUUUACAAAAUCAUUUCCAAACUGGACAGCGACAUCCCUGAAGGGUUCAAAGCUGCCAGCUGCUCCCAGGAGCUGCUCCGCAGCUGA